GGUAAAGUUGCAAUUACUUUUCGCGAGGUGCGGUUGGGGAUUCUCACGUUGAUGGUUGCAAGGGGAGUAGUUCGUGUUCCUAGAGAGUGAAACUGUUCUAGGGAAGGAAAGUGUUGGAGUAACCAAAUUAGAUUUCAUAAAGGCGCAAACAAGAGAGGGAAGUUUUGAAACACAGAACGGGUCUGCCUUUUUCUCUUGGAUAGGAGAGCGGACUUAAGUUUUCAUCAUGCCGGUUUUUCACACAAAGACGAUAGAAAGUAUCCUAGAGCCGGUGGCUCAGCAGAUAUCCCACCUGGUGAUAAUGCACGAAGAAGGUGAAGUGGACGGGAAAGCUAUCCCGGAUCUCACCGGACCCGUGGCUGCAGUGCAGGCGGCUGUCAGCAACCUGGUCCGGGUGGGGAAAGACACUGUCCAGACUACGGAGGACCAGAUAAUGAAGAGAGAUAUGCCUCCAGCUUUCAUCAAGGUGGAGACUGCAUGCACCAAGCUGGUGCAGGCAGCAUCUAUGUUGAAAGCAGACCCUUACUCCGUCCCCGCUCGAGAUUACCUCAUCGACGGCUCCCGGGGCAUCCUCUCUGGCACAUCGGACCUGCUGCUGACCUUCGACGAGGCUGAGGUUCGUAAAAUCAUUCGCGUCUGCAAAGGUAUCCUGGAGUACCUAACCGUAGCAGAGGUGGUGGAAUCUAUGGAGGACCUGAUCACAUACACAAAGAACCUGGGUCCAGGGAUGACAAAGAUGGCAAAGAUGAUUGACGAGCGACAGCAGGAGCUGACCCACCAGGAACACCGUGUGAUGCUGGUCAACUCCAUGAACACAGUCAAAGAGCUGCUGCCUGUACUCAUCUCAGGUAUCAAGAUCUUUGUGACGACCAAGACGUCCGGCAGCCAGGGAGUAGAGGAGUCUUUGAAGAACAGAAACUUCACCUUCGAGAAGAUGAGCGCUGAGAUCAACGAGAUCAUUAGGGUGCUGCAGCUCACUUCCUGGGACGAAGACUCCUGGGCCAAUAAGGAUACAGAGGCCAUGAAGAGAGCUCUGGCACUCAUCGACUCUAAGAUGACCCAGGCCAAGAGCUGGCUGAGGGAUCCCAAUGCCCAACAAGGGGAUGCAGGAGAACAGGCCAUCCGUCAGAUCCUGGAUGAGGCUGGGAAGGUGGGAGAGCUGUGUGCUGGGAAGGAGCGGAGGGAUAUCCUGGGCACUGCCAAAACUCUGGGCCAGAUCACUGACCUGGUGUCUGAGAUGAGGGCCAGGGGUCAGGGAGCAUCUCCUGCAGCCAUGCAGAAGGCCCAACAGGUCUCCCAGGGCCUGGACAUUCUCACGGGAAAGGUGGAGAACGCAGCCCGGAAAUUGGAGGCCAUGACCAACUCCAAACAGGUCAUCGCCAAGAAGAUCGAUGCUGCUCAGAACUGGCUCGCAGACCCCAACGGUGGUCCUGAGGGAGAGGAGAACAUCCGAGCCAUCCUGACUGAGGCCAAGAAGAUCGCUGACAUGUGUGAAGACCCCAAGGAGAGAGAUGACAUCCUGAGGUCCAUCGGAGAGAUGGCUGCUCUCACCGCCAAGCUCUCUGAGCUCCGGAGACAGGGUAGAGGAGAUACUCCGGAGGCCAGGGCAUUGGCCAAACAGAUAGCCACGGCUCUGCAGAACCUGCAGUCGAAGACCACCAAGGCUGUAGCCAACAGCAGGCCUGCUAAGGCAGCAGUCCACCUGGAAGGGAAGAUAGAACAGGCCCAGAGCUGGAUGGAGAACCCUACCAUUGAUGACGGUGGAGUGGGCCAGGCAGCUAUCCGGGGUCUGGUGGCGGAGGGUCGUCGUCUGGCUAACGCCCUGCCAGGUCCCUAUAGACAGGAGCUGCUGGGGAAGUGUGAGCAGGUAGAACAGUUGAUGGCCCAGCUAGCCAACCUGGCCGCCAGGGGCGAGGGAGAGUCGCCACAAGCACGUGCCGUGGCUCAGCAGCUCCAGGAGACCCUGAAGGACCUCAAAGAAAAGAUGCAGGAAGCUAUGACUCACGAAGUGUCGGACAUCUUCAGCGACACGACCACUCCCAUCAAACUACUCGCUGUGGCCUCCACCGCCCCGUCCGAUGCCCCUAACAGGGACGAGGUGUUUGACGAGAGGGCGGCCAACUUUGAGAACCAUGCCAACAAGCUGGGUGCCACGGCAGAAAAGGCUGCCGCUGUAGGAACAGCUAACAAGACCACUGUGGAGGGGAUCCAAGCUGCCGUCAAGUCUACAAGGGACCUGACACCACAGGUGGUCUCUGCAGCCCGUAUCCUGCUGAGAAACCCAGGCAACCAGGCUGCAUACGAGCACUUUGAGACCAUGAAGAACCAGUGGAUUGACAACGUGGAGAAAAUGACAGGUUUGGUGGACGAGGCCAUAGACACCAAGUCUCUGUUGAAUGCCUCUGAGGAGGCCAUUAAGAAAGACCUGGAUAAGUGUCGUGUGGCCAUGGCUAACCACCAGCCCCAGAUGUUAGUGGCAGGGGCAACUAGCAUCGCCCGGCGGGCCAACCGGAUCCUCCUGGUGGCGAAACGGGAGGUGGAGAACUCUGAGGAUCCUAAGUUCAGGGAGAUAGUGAAGGCUGCAUCUGAUGAGCUCAGCCGGACCAUCUCUCCCAUGGUGAUGGACGCCAAGGCUGUGGCUGGGAACAUCACAGAUCCAAGUCUGCAGAAGGGCUUCCUGGACUCAGGCUAUCGAAUCCUGGGUGCCGUUGCCAUUGUGAGAGAUGCCUUCCAGCCACAGGAGCCAGACUUCCCACCACCACCACCUCCUGAUCUGCAUCAGCUGCACGUCAGCGACGAGCCCGCCCCACCCAAACCCCCUCUCCCCGAGGGUGAGGUUCCUCCCCCCACCCCUCCCCCAGAGGAGAAGGACGAGGACUUCCCAGAGCAGGUAUUGGGAGAGAUGGUGAGCGAGCCCAUGAUGAUGGCCGCCAGGCAGCUCCACGAGGAGGCCCGCAAGUGGUCUAGCAAGGGUAACGAUAUCAUCGGUGCAGCCAAGAGAAUGGCCCUGCUCAUGGCUGAGAUGUCCCGUCUGGUGCGCGGUGGCAGUGGGAACAAGCGUGCCCUCAUCCAGUGUGCCAAAGACAUCGCCAAGGCCUCAGAUGAGGUCACAAGACUGGCCAAGGAGGUGGCCAAGCAGUGCACAGACAAACGCAUCCGGACUAACCUGCUCCAGGUGUGUGAGCGGAUCCCCACCAUUAGCACACAGCUCAAGAUCCUCUCCACAGUCAAGGCCACCAUGUUGGGUCGUACCAACAUCAGUGAAGAGGAGUCAGAGCAGGCCACAGAGAUGUUGGUUCACAAUGCCCAGAACCUGAUGCAGUCUGUGAAGGAGACGGUAAGAGAGGCUGAGGCUGCCUCCAUCAAGAUCCGGACAGAUGCAGGCUUCACUCUCCACUGGAUCCGUAAGACACCCUGGUACCAAUAAGAAGAUACAGGCCAACUGUCCGUUCAACUACGUCCCAAAUGGCACUCUAUUCCCUAUGUAGGGCAUUACUUUUGACUUGGGCUCAUGUCUGGUUAAAAGUAGUGUACUAAAUAGGGAAUACAGUAGGUUGUCAUUUGGGACACGUAUUAUUCUGUUCCUCUGCUCAAGGCUCAGCUUGUUAAGAGGAAAAAAACACCCAGACCCUUUGAGCAAUAGAUUUGAUGGACACAUACAUACAUACUAAGCUACAAUGAAUGAAAACUCUGCCUGGUUGGGGUAAAAAUAGUGAGUUAAUACUGAAUACACUAUUUAUCAGUCAAUGUCAAUCCCAUACCUGCCUGUAAACAGUGUUUUUAGACUUCCUAGGUGUGUGUGUGUGUGUGUGUGUGUGUUAGAGGUUUGCUUUUCUUAUCCAGUAAGAUUAAAGGAGUACUAUUAUCAGUCUCAUUUAAACAUACAGUAGCCCCAAAUCUAAGUAAAAAUUUGAACAUUAUUAAGAUUUGUCUUGGAAGAUGUUUGUAUAUCUUUAUACUGGUUCUUUAUUUCACUAUCUGCAUUGUGCAGUCGUUCACUGUUGCUAGGACAAAGCACAUCCAACUCAAUGGGAGUUGGUUCGAGCAUAUCGUUAUGCUGAGCUCUACACGCAAAUAUAUAUGAUUCAGUGGUUAUUAUGUCUGUUUACACUAUGUUCUAGAAACGGAAAAAUAAACACUAUUCCCUUUUCCAUAUUUGUAUUACAGUUGAAGUCGUAACUUUACAUACACUUAGGUUGGAGACAUUAAAACUUGUUUUUUAACCACUCUACAAAUUUCUUGUUAACGAACUAUAGUUUUGGCAAGUCGGUUAGGACAUCUACUUUGUGCAUGAUACAAGUCAUUUUUCCAACAAUUGUUUACAGACAGAUUAUUUCACUUAUAAGUCACUGUAUCACAAUUCCAGUGGGUCAGAAGUUUACAUACAGUGAGUUGACUGCGCCUUUUAAACAGCUUGGCAAAUUCCAGAAAAUUAUGUCAUGGCAUUAGAAGCUUCUGAUAGGCUAAUUGACAUCCAUUUGAGUCAAUUGGAGGUGGACCUGUGGAUGUAUUUCAAGGCCUACCUUCAAACUCAGUGCCUCUUUGCUUGACAUCAUGAGAAAAUCAGCCAAGACCUCAGAAAAUAAAUUGUACACAUCCACAAGUCUGGUUCAUCCUUGGGAGCAAUUUCCAAAUGCCUGAAGGUACCACGUUCAUCUGUACAAACAAUAGUAUGCAAGUAUAAACACCAUGGGACCAUGCAGCCGUCAUAACGCUCAGGAAGGAGACUCGUUCUGUCUCCUAGAGAUUAACGUACUUUGGUGCGAAAAGUGCAAAUCAAUCCCAGAACAGCAGCAAAGGACCUUGUGAAGAUGCUGGAGGAAACCGGUACAAUAGUAUCUAUAUCCACAGUAAAACGAGUCCUAUAUCGAUAUAAACUGAAAGGCCGCUCAACAAGGAAGAAGCCACUGCUCCAAAACCGCCAUAAAAAAGCCAGACUACGGUUUUCAUCUGCACAUUGGGACAAAGAUCGUACUUUUUGGAGAGUUGUCCUCUGGUCUGAUGAAACAAAAAUAGAACUGUUUGGCCAUAAUGACCAUUGUUAUGUUUGGAGGAAAAAGGGGGAGGCUUGCAAGCCGAAGAACAUCAUCCCAACCGUGAAGCACAGGGGUGGCAGCAUCAUGUUGUGGAAGUGCUUUGCUGCAGGAGGGACUGGUGCACUUCACAAAAUAGAUGGCAUCAUGAGGAAGGACAAUUAUGUGGAUAUAUUGAAGCAAAUUCUCAAGACAUAAAUCAGGAAGUGAAAGCUUGGUUGCAAAUGGGACUUCCAAAUGGACAAUGACCCCAAGCAUACUUCCAAAGUUGUGGCAAAAUGGCUUAAGGACAACAAAGUCAAGAUAUUGGAGUGGCCAUCACAAAGCCCUGACCUCAAUCCAAUAGAAGAUGUGUGGGCAGAACUGAAAAAUCGUAUGCGAGCAAGGAGGCCUACAAACCUGACUCAGUUACACCAGCUCUGUUAGGGGAAAUGGGCCAAAAUUCACCCAACUUCUUGUGGGAAGCUUGUGGAAGGCUACCCAAGUUUAACAAUUGAAAGGCAAUGCUACCAAUUAGUAAUUGGGUGUAUGUAAACUUCUGACCCACUGGGAAUGUGAUGAAAGAAAUAAAAGCUGAAAUAAAUAAUUCUCUCUACCAUUAUUCUGACAUUUCACAUUCUUAAAAUAAAGUGGUGUUCCUAACUGACCUAAGACAGUGAAUUUUUACUAGGAUAAAAUGUCAGGAAUUGUGAGACUGAGUUUAAAUGUAUUUGUCUACGGUGUAUGUAAACUUCUAACUUCAACUGUAGAUAGUGAGUUGGUUUUUGUAGCAAUGUUUUUUUUUUUUUUAAGUAUUGUCAAGACUGUCAGAGUUUUUUCUAGCCUGGUUCCCAAAUCUGUUUGUGCUCUUUGCACCGGAGUUGGUGUGAUAGCACUAAACAGACUAGCACUCAGGCUAAGUUUGUUCCACCAAUUUUUUAAAUAUAUUUUUUUAUGUUUUGAGGUUUAUUAUAUCUGCGCUGUUGGAAAACACAAGGGCUCGAUCUUCAGACACAUUGCAUAGAGAAUGUCUUAUUAACUUAUAAUGUUUACAACCAUUUAGCGUACAAAAGAGUUGACGAUUGAAAAUAAAUAUCCAUUAAGAUGACAUGUAUUCAACUAUGUCAGUUUCUGGACCAUGUUGCAUUGAGAUUACAUGUAGACCUUAGGUCUCCCUCUGGUCUGGCCCUCUAUACUUUGUACUUCUCAGAGAAACUAUAGCAAGCCAGUCUCCGUGUUUUAGCCUGACUAGAGGCCAACUGUACUGUAAUGUUUAAACUGUGUCUUGACAUAACGUGGUGUGCGCUGCACAGCCAAUUUUGUGAAACAUUAAUGAAUGAUCAGUCAAAUACUUUGAAGAUUAGGUCUGGGUAUGGGGGAUAAAGACGGUGUGGACAGUUUGUGGGCUAACUUCUGAUUACUCUAUUAAGCCGAGUACUUGACUAAGCUGACACUAUGUCCAGGUAGUCUCUCUUCCGUGAGACUACCAGUGUGUUUAAGUUCAAUGCAUCACAGGAAACUGGUGUUGAAAUAUCAGCCUUCUCUUCCUCUUAUAUCUUCAAACUACACUAAACUAACCCUUACAGUUGCUAACACAGCGGGUACAAACGGUUGGAUGUUUUUAAAUGAUUUUUUUGUGUGUGUCUGAAUAAGACCAGCGCAGUUUGAAUGUGUAGAUGAAGUUACUGAGACCCUACAAAACCAUCUGAAGUGCCUUGUAAUAAAAAAUACUAAUUGCAAUAAAAAACAAUUCAUUUACAGGAAAUUAAGUUUUGUAUCUACUUUGUAGUAAGCGCUACUCAAGGCAUUAUACUUCUGUUCAGACACAUUUUUGUGAUAUUUAUAAGAUGCGUACAAAGUGAGAUAUGAUAUUAGAGUCAAGUACUGCUUUUUGGUAUUGUUCACAUUAUUUUGUAAUAAAACAUUUAAGACUCUCAA